UGAAUUCAUUUCCAUGAAGCGAUAAUGGAUAUCCUCUCAAUUUCCUCCACCACCACACACACUCAUCAUCAUACCUCACCUUUUUCUCCAUCUUCUCCGCUCCUCCCUCCCAAAUUUCAAACCACCCUUACUUUCUCCGCCAAAUCCUCAUCAGAAUCCGACAUUCAACCUAACCCUUCUCGUUUCUCCAGCAAUGUCCGUCGCCCUAAACCUCUCAAAACCACCACAUCCACAACCCCCACUAAAUCCAUGCCUCUUCCUACUCCAAACCCUAAAAAAACUUCCAUUAACCCUCUUCGCAAGCUUGUGAAUCCACCUAAAGCCCAUAGAAAUCCAGAUGAUCUUACUAACAAACUCUGGCUUACUAGUAGAAUAUCACCUCCACCACCGCCCCCUCCACCUCCGCCACCAACGCCGCCACUGCAGGAAGCUGUUUCCGUUGUUAAAGAGACUACUCGAAAAAGUAAAGUAAAGGUGCUGGAUGCUAAGAGUGAUACAAUUCGUGAAUGUCGUCAAGAAGGUAAGAUUUUUGUCGGAAAUCUUCCUACAUGGAUUAAGAAAAAUGAGGUGGCUGAAUUUUUUAGACAAUUUGGACCUAUUAAAGAUGUGAUAUUGAUUAAAGGACAUGAGGAUCCUGAGAGAAAUGUUGGUUAUGGUUUUAUCAUAUACGGUGGUGCUACGGCUGCCAAUUCGGCUAUGAAAUCAGUGGAAUUUGACGGAGUGGAGUUUCAUGGUAGGGUUUUGACUGUAAAGUUAGAUGAUGGGAGGAGAUUGAAAACUAGGUCAGAUGAUAGGGAUAGAUGGUUAGCAGGGUCAGAUGAAGUUGAGUAUCGAUCUAAUUGGCACCAAGAAAGAGAAUCUUCGAGGAAUGAUUUGAGAAAGGUUCUUGAGACUGAGCCUGAGAAUUGGCAGAGUGUUGUUCGUUGUUUUGAAAGAAUUAAGAAGCCUUCGAGAAGAGAAUUUGGGUUGAUGGUUAACUAUUAUGCAAGGCGAGGAGAUGCACAUCGCGCACGAGAAGUUUUCGAGAGAAUGCGAGCAAGGGGAAUCGAACCAACCUCACACGUCUACACAAGCCUUAUUCAUGCUUAUGCAGUUGCUAGAGACAUGGAGGAAGCAUUAUCGUGCGUGAGAAAAAUGAAAGUGGAAGGCAUUGAACUGAAUAUAGUGACAUACAGUGUAGUUAUCGGUGGAUUUGCCAAAAUUGGAAAUGCCGAAGCUGCAGAUAAAUGGUUUAAGGAAGCAAAAGGGGCACAUGAAACCUUGAAUGCUAUUAUUUAUGGCAAUAUAAUAUAUGCUCACUGCCAGGCCUGUAACAUGGACCGAGCUGAAGAUCUAGUAAGGGAGAUGGAAGAAGAAGGAAUUGAUGCUCCAAUUGACAUAUAUCAUACUAUGAUGGAUGGUUACACGAACAUUAGCAAUGAAGAGAAGUGUCUUGUCGUGUUUAAAAGACUUGAGGAAUGCGGUUUUACACCUUCAGUAAUUAGCUAUGGGUGUCUCAUUAAUCUUCUCACAAAGAUGGGUAAAGUUACUAAAGCUUUAGAGGUCAGCAAAAAGAUGGAAUCAAAUGGAAUUAAACACAACAUGAAAACCUACUCAAUGUUGAUUAAUGGGUUUUUGAAGCUUAGUGAUUGGGCAAAUGCAUUUGCUAUUUUUGAGGACGUGGUCAAAGCAGGCUUAAAGCCGGACGCAGUGCUUUACAACAAUGUCAUCAGAGCCUUCUGUGGGAUGGGAAACAUGGAUAGAGCCAUCCGUACUGUUGAAGAGAUGCAGAAACAGAGAUUGAGGCCUACCUUGCGUACCUUUAUGCCAAUAAUACAUCGGUUUGCAAAAUUAGGAGAGAUGAGAAGAGCCUUGGACAUUUUUGAUAUGAUGCGGAGAAGUGGAUGCAUCCCCAAUGUGCACACAUUCAAUGCGUUAAUCGUUGGUCUUGUUGAAAAGCAUCAGAUGGAUAAGGCGGUUGCGAUAAUUGAUGAGAUGUUACUAGCUGGAGUUACUCCUAAUGAACAUACUUAUACCAAGAUCAUGCACGGUUAUGCAUCCCUAGGCGAUACUGGCAAAGCUUUUGAGUACUUCACCAAGAUGAAAAAUGAGGGUCUAGAAUUAGAUGUGUUCUCGUAUCAAGCGCUACUCAAGGCAUGUUGCAAGGCAGGCAGGAUGCAAAGUGCCUUAGCAGUCACAAGAGAAAUGAGUUCUAAGAAUAUUCCAAGAAACACUUUUGUUUACAACAUAUUAAUUGAUGGAUGGGCUCGAAGAGGAGAUGUUUGGGAAGCUGCUGAUCUGAUGCAGCAAAUGAAGCAAGAUGGGGUUUUUCCUGAUAUUCAUACAUACACAUCUUUCAUAAAUGCAUGUUCAAAAGCUGGAGACAUGCUGAGAGCAACAAAGACGAUAAAGGAAAUGGAAGCUAUAGGUGUGAAGCCUAACCUUAAAACGUACACCACAUUAAUCAAUGGAUGGGCCCGUGCAGCUCACCCUGAAAAGGCUUUAACCUGCUUCAAAGAUAUGAAGUCAUCAGGGUGGAAGCCAGACAAAGCUGUAUACCACUGUCUAAUAACGUCUCUGCUAUCCAGAGCUACUUUCACUGAAGAAUAUAUAUAUUCCGGUAUCUUGUCCAUCUCUAGAGAGAUGGUAGAACUUGGUUUGACAGUUGACAUGGGAACUGCGGUGCAUUGGUCUAGGUGUCUACGUAAGAUUGAAAGGUCAGGAGGAGAGCUCACUGAAGCUCUACAGAAGUCCUUCCCUCCUGCUUGGAAUUCGUCUGAAAAUCUUGAGAUUACGAAUCAUGAAGAUGAUGAUAACGUUGAUGACGAUGGUGAUGACAGUGAUGCAAAUUAUUCUGAUGAGGACGAGAUUGAAGAAAAAGAAAGUGAUAUAUGUGGGAAUAAACCUCAUGAUCGCUCGGUUGACCACAGAUUAUGGUUUUAAUCUAAGAAGUUCUCAUUUUGGUUGUAUUUUUAGGUGACAAUUUAGAAUCUCCUGUGGGGCAUCAACCUUGCAUCUAAUUAAAAAUUCAUCAAAUUAGUUUUCAUUUGUCAAGUUCUGCAGUUGUGCAAUUUGUAUUAGGAGGUCUGGUGGUAAGAUUCGUGUUGGGGUCU